CCGGCCGGUGGACUCCUAAUUCAUUAAACCAACGGGGGGAAAAAGUACCGGGGACAAGUGGAGUCAUCGAUUUGAACAAGCUUUCACCGGGACUACAUUUUGCAUGGAAGCGGACGGAUUCGUAUCCCGGCGAUCCUCCGUGGACACACCGGGCGUCGAGGGCGCUUCAGACAUCCGAUGGCUGGGUGGCCGUCUCAUGAGCGCCACGGGAGGAUUAGUCGCUGGUGCUCUUUCUCCCCCAACGAAAAGGAUGACCGGGGAGCAGGACUUUACCCCGGCGGUGGUGUUGCACCGAGCAGCGACCCCCACUCCGGAGCUCUCGACCUCUGCUGCCGAGCCAGACAUAGACUAUGAAGGGCUUCCUCAGGGAGUCGCCACCAGCACACACAUGCUUGCAGGAUCCGUGGCUGGAAUCAUGGAGCAUUGCCUUAUGUAUCCCAUCGAUUGUGUCAAGACUCGGAUGCAGAGCCUUCACCCCGAGCCGGGCGCUCGCUACCGUAACGUGAUGGACGCGCUGCGGCAGAUCGUGAGGACGGAAGGCGUGUGGCGGCCGAUCCGAGGCGUCAACGUGCUGGCGGUCGGAGCCGGACCCGCUCACGCUCUCUACUUCGCCUGCUACGAGAAGAUCAAGUUCUCUCUGAGCGACGCCAUCCACCCCGGAGCCAACAGCCACUUCGCCAACGGAGUGGCGGGCUGCAUGGCAACGGUGAUUCACGACGCCAUCAUGAACCCAGCUGAAGUUAUGAAACAGCGUAUGCAAAUGUUCAACUCCCCGUAUCGCGGCAUGCUGGACUGCAUGGGCUCCAUGAUGAGGCGCGAGGGCAUGGGCGCUUUCUACCGCAGCUACACCACCCAGCUGACCAUGAACGUGCCCUUCCAGGCGCUCCACUUCAUGACCUACGAAUACCUCCAGGAGCUGCUCAACCCCCACAGACAGUACAACCCUUCCUCCCACGUGGUGUCGGGCGCACUGGCGGGAGCGAUCGCCGCCGCCGCCACCACUCCCCUCGACGUCUGCAAGACCCUCCUCAACACGCAGGAGGCUCAGGCGAUUCACUUGAUCCAAGCCCAGGCGGGGACGGCCACCGCCUCGGCGCCCGGCAGCCGCCACAUCUCUGGCCUGGGCGAGGCUUUUCGGACGGUGUACAGAAUGGGCGGCGUGCCUGCCUUCUUCAAGGGGGUCCAAGCCCGAAUCAUUUACCAGAUGCCCUCCACGGCCAUCAGCUGGUCCGUCUACGAGUUCUUCAAGUACAUCAUCACCAAGCGGCAGCACGAGAGGCGGCUCCGCGGCGACCGUGACGGAGACAAAUAA